AUGGAGGAAAACGUACAAGAAGGAUCCAUCGCGGUGAUCGGCAUGACGGAGACAGACAACGAAGACAAAGGAUCUGUUGUGGUGGCCGGUGCGGUGGAGGAGGAGCUGAAGCUCGAGAUCGACGACUUCAAGUUUAAGGAUGAGGCUAAGGCAGUGAGGAACCUGAGAAAUGAGCGAUUGGCAAAUCUGAUAGGAUGUUGCUAUGAGGAAGGGGAGAGAUUGCUGGUGGCAGAGUUUAUGCCUAACGAAACUGUAGCAAAACAUUUAUUUCAUUGUGAGUUUUCUAUAUAUUACUAUUACAGGAUUACAGGAUCGCAAAGAAAGAAACAAACCGCCGUGGUCACCGGAGAGGGAGGAGAGGAGACGGCGACUGCACUGCAGAUGAAGGCCAGAGACGGCGACUGGAUCUUCGAGCGACGGAUAGAAGGGAGAGGAUACACACCGGAGCGAAGAUGA